ACAGUGCAUUCUUUUUGCAAGAAACUCUACCCAUGGGCCAAAUCUUCCAUUUGCAAUCCUCUCUAACCUUCAUCGUGUGGCUCAUCUCCUUAAUUCUUCCAUGGUUGCUAGUCUUCUCUUCACCUCGACAGCUUCUAGAGGCAGAGUCCUCUAACGACCAUCUCGCACUUUCAUCCUUCAAGUCUCUCAUCUCCGAUGAUCCACAUGGAGCGUUGACAUCUUGGGACGACCGAUCACUCCACUUCUGCAGGUGGAGAGGGGUCACUUGCAGCAGCAACAACAACCAAGGUCGUCAACCACGGGUCGUUGCUCUCGACCUGCAAUCCCUCAACUUGGCUGGCUCGUUAUCUCCCUCGAUAGCCAACCUCACUGCUCUCCGACACCUCAGUCUCUCGGACAACAGAUUAGGAGGGGUGAUCCCGGAGUACAAUUCUUUGAUGCACCUUCGACAUGUCAACCUGAGCUCCAAUUUGUUGACGGGGGCAAUCCCCUCGUCAUUAUUCCAGAAUUGUUCAAAUCUCCAAAAUUUCUCCCUUUCCUCUAACAACAUCUAUGGGAAAAUCCCGGCCAACAUUAGCCGAUGUUCACAACUGCAAUUCCUUAGUCUGGCGAGUAAUAUGCUCCGAGGAGACAUACCCCGCAGCCUUGUCUCCCUCUCGCGGCUCCACAGUCUCUUCUUGAAUAACAAUCGUCUCACAGGAGCCAUUCCUCCUGAGAUUGGUAAUCUCUCAAGCUUGACACGGCUUCACUUGAACGUCAACCAACUCAGUGGCACAAUUCCUGCUUCAAUCGGGAACCUCUCCUCUCUCGUUGUGCUUCGACUGGACCAGAAUAAUCUCACAGGUACUAUCCCUUCUUCUAUUGGAAGUCUUGUCAGCCUCACCUUUCUCUUUCUGUAUGACAAUGAUCUCUCCGGGUCCAUCCCAACGGAGAUAGGAGACCUUGCGAACCUGAUCACUCUGUUCUUGGGUGGCAACCAACUUGUUGGAAGAAUUCCUAAGAGUUUGGGGUUGUUGUACAAUUUACAUGCAUUGAUUCUGAGGGGUAAUAUGCUGGAGGCAAAGAAUGCUGCUGAGUGGAGUUUCCUGGAUGCUUUGACCAACUGCACCAAACUUAGAGUGCUGAUCUUGGAGAACAAUAAUUUAGGUGGAACGUUGCCAAAAUCCAUAGCUAAUUUGUCCAGUUUUCUUGAUACUUUGAGGCUCGGUGGCAAUCAUAUAACUGGAGGCAUUCCUGCAGAGAUUGGGAGGCUUGUUAAGUUGACAAGAUUUAAUAUGUCGUCCAACUAUCUCGAUGGUGUCAUCCCCACUGCACUGGGAAGCCUUUCCAAAUUGGUAGACGUAGACUUGAGUCGAAACCACUUUGCUGGAGAAAUACCUGCAACUCUUGGCAAUAUAACUGGACUAACCACUCUUAUUUUGGCUUCCAAUCAACUUAACGGAUCCAUUCCAAACAGUCUUGGGAAGUGUCGGCUAGAGAGACUGAAUCUUGCUGCCAACAGAUUGACUGGAGCAGUGCCCAAAGAGAUUCUCUUAAUUUCUUCACUUUCCAUACUGCUCAAUGUUUCACACAACUCACUGUCAGGACCUCUGCCUCCAGAAAUUGGACACUUGAAUAAUCUUCAAACUAUCGACGUCUCUUACAAUCAACUCACCGGUUACAUUCCUCCCGCCAUUGCUCAAUGUCAACUCCUUCAGAAUCUUUACCUGCAAAUGAAUCUGUUCCAGGGAUCCAUUCCUUCGGAAUUUAACCAAUUGAAAGGGAUUCAAGUUCUGGACGUCUCCAACAACAACUUGUCUGGAAACGUACCGGAUUUUCUUAGGAGCUUUCACAAUAUGACUUAUCUUAACCUCUCCUUCAACAAUUUACAGGGCGAGCUGCCAAGAGAUGGAGUCUUUAGUAACGUUACUGUGUUCUCUGUGGUGGGAAACGAAGGACUUUGUGGUGGUGUUCCAGAGCUCGGUUUGGCACCAUGCUCUAUGGGGAAGAAGCAUUCGUCUUGGAUCCUGGUCGUAGCUAUUUCCAUUGCUGGAGGAAUCUUGUGUAUCAGCUUUCUCAUUGGCUUCCGUACUGCUCGCCAUAGGCGGAGGAGAUCUGCUUCUUUCAACUCGAACAUCAAAGGCCCAUACAGGAAGGUCUCUUUUGCUGAGCUCCAAAAAGCAACGGAUGGAUUCUCACCUGCCAAUCUGGUUGGCCAGGGUAGCUUUGGAUCUGUUUACAAAGGUUUAUCGGAAUGGGAAGAUCAUAAGGAAGUGGCGGUGAAGAUAUUUGACCUUGAACGAAGAGGGGCUCUAAGAAGCUUCACAUCAGAAUGUCAAAUUUUGAGCACUGUCAGACAUCGAAACCUCGUCAAGAUUUUAACAGCGUGCUCAAGUAUAGACUUCCAAGGGAAUGACUUCAAAGCUCUAGUGUUUGAGUUCAUGCCUAACGGAAGCCUGAGCCAGUGGCUACAUCCUGAAGCGAACGAGCAAGGCAGACAGAGAACCUUGAGCCUAGAACAGAGAUUGAAUAUAUCCAUUGAUAUUGCUUCCGUGCUGGAGUAUCUUCACCGCCAUGAUCCAUUCCCUGUUCUCCACUGUGAUCUCAAGCCAGCUAAUGUGCUCCUUGACCACGACAUUGUUGCACACAUUGGUGACUUUGGAUUAGCAAGGUUUCAUAAUGCAAAUGUUAGAACAAGGGUUGAGACAUCGACAACGACAAGUUCACUCAUACUACAAGGAACAAUUGGAUAUGCUGCUCCAGAGUAUGGAUUGGCCAAUGAAGCUUCUGUCCAAGGGGAUGUGUACAGUUAUGGAAUACUUUUGCUGGAGAUGUUUACUGGAAAAUCGCCGAUAAAUGAAGCCUUCAAUGAAGGUAUGAAUCUUCAUAAAUACGUUGAGAUGGCACUUCCUGAACAAGUUGUUGGUAUCAUCGACAGCAAACUAUUAUUUGAAUGGGAAGGAGAAACAAAUCACCUUAAUCUAUCAACAACGGAAUUCAGAAUGAGAGCAAUAGAGAGUGUUAGUUCAGUCCUUAGAGUUGGUAUGCAGUGUUCCAUGGAAUCACCGAAAGAUCGAAUGGAGAUGGAAGUAGUAGUGAGAGAGCUCCAUGACAUUAGGGAUGCAUUUCUGAGGGUAUCUCUUUCAUAACAAAGGUAAAGCUACUGGACUACUAUAUUUAUAGUUGCUAAGGUUCAAUAUCUACUUUCAUCCAAAGGAAAGGAAGCCUUACUUCCAUAUAUUUGAAAAGUGAGUGAUGUAAACUUUCAAUGAUCAUAUUUACAGAUAUUCAGCCAGUACUUGUAUUCCCUAUAGGA